AUGGCGGAGCUGGUGGCCACCAUGGCCAUCCGGCCACUGGUGUCCAUGCUGAUGAACAAGGCGUCCAGCUCCCUCCUGGACCAGUACAAGGUCAUGGAGGGAAUGGAGGAGCAGCACAAGACUCUCAAGCGCAAGCUUCCGGCCAUUCUCGACGUCAUCACCGACGCUGAGGAGCAGGCCACAGCUCAUAGAGAAGGUGCCAAAGCCUGGCUUCCGGAGCUCAAGACUGUGGCCUAUGAAGCAAAUGAAGUCUUUGACGAGUUCAAGUACGAAGCGCUCCGCCGUGAAGCCAGGAAGAAGGGGCACUACAGAGAGCUUGGCUUCGAUGUAAUAAAGCUAUUCCCUACUCACAACCGUAUUGUGUUCCGCUACAAAAUGGGCCGCAAGCUUUGCCGGAUUCUGAAGGCCAUCGAUGUCCUUAUAGCGGAGAUGCAUGCCUUUAGGUUCAAGUACCGACCACAGCCGCCGGUGCCCAAGAAGUGGAGGCAGACGGAUUCUGUUAUCACCGACCUGCAAGACAUUGCCAGCAGAUCCAGAGACAAGGAUAAGAAGAAUAUUGUUGCUACACUACUUGGUCAAGCUAACAAUGCAGAUUUCAUAGUCGUUCCCAUUGUUGGAAUGGGGGGCCUUGGCAAGACCACAUUAGCACAGCUCAUAUACAAUGAACCUGAAGUUCAGAAGCAUUUUCAAUUGCUGCUUUGGGUUUGUGUCUCUGAUACCUUUGAUGUGAACUCCCUGGCCAAGAGUAUAGUUGAAGCAUCUCCCAAUAAAAAUGUUGAUACAGACAAACCACCACUGGAUAGACUUCAAAAACUGGUCAGCGGACAGCGGUAUGUCCUUGUAUUGGAUGAUGUUUGGGACAACAAAGAGUUACGUAAGUGGGAAAUUCUGAAGGUAUGUCUUCAGCAUGGUGGCAUGGGCAGUGCGGUGUUGACAACAACUCGUGAUAAACGAGUUGCUGAAAUUAUGGGUGCAGAUAGGGCAGCCUACAAUCUCAAUGCUUUGGAGGAUCACUUCAUAAAGAAAAUUAUUGAGGCUAGAGCAUUCAGCCUGGACAAAGAAAAGCCUGCUGAACUAGUGGAGAUAGUUGAUGAGAUUGUGGAUAGAUGUCGUGGCUCUCCAUUAGCUGCAACUGCAAUAGGCUCUGUACUUCGUACCAAGACCAGUGUGAAAGAAUGGAAAGCUGUAUCAUCUGCAACCAGCAUUUGCACUGAGGAAACUGGAAUUUUGCCAAUACUGAAGCUUAGCUACAAUGACUUGCCAGCACACAUGAAGCAGUGCUUUGCUUUCUGUGCCGUGUUUCCAAAGGAUUACAAGAUUGAUGUGGAGAAGCUGAUCCAACUAUGGAUUGCAAAUGGCUUUAUCCCAGAACACAAGGAAGAUAGUCUUGAAACCUUUGGAAAACAUAUUUUCGAUGAGCUGGUCUCGAGGUCAUUCUUUCUGGACCUAGAGGAAAGUAAGGACUCCUGCGGGUAUUUUUGCAGAACAUGUAAAAUUCAUGAUCUUAUGCAUGAUAUUGCAAUGUCUGUUAUGGGAAAGGAAUGUGUUGUUGCAAUUAAGGGACCAAGUCAAAUUGAGUGGCUUUCGGAUACUGCUCGGCAUUUGUUCUUGUCAUGUGACGAAACAGAAGGUAUUUUGAAUGAUGCUUUGGAGAAAAAAUCCCCUGCCAUUCAAACACUGAUAUGCGACGGUCCUAUUCAAAGCUCAUUGCAGCAUCUAUCAAAAUACAACAAUUUGCAUGCGUUGAAGCUCUGUCUGAGAACAGAAUCAUUUCUACUCAAACCAAAGUAUCUGCAUCACCUGAGGUACCUUGAUCUCUCAAAAAGUUCUAUGAAAGCACUUCCUGAGGAUAUAAGUAUUCUAUAUAACCCGCAAGUGUUGGACCUUUCCAACUGCUAUUUUCUUGAGCGACUUCCAAGGCAAAUGAAGUAUAUGACUUCCCUCUGCCACCUCUACACUCAUGGAUGUCCGACGUUGAAGAGCAUGCCUCCAGGACUUGAAAAUCUCACUAAGCUGCAGACACUCACAGUUUUUGUAGCAGGAGUUCCUGGCCCUGAUUGUAGUGAUGUUGGAGAGCUGCAACAUUUGAACCUUGGUGGUCAUCUAGAGCUACGCCAGGUAGAGAAUGUUAAAGAAGCAGAGGCAAAAGUGGUGAAUCUUGGAAACAAGAAGGAUCUCCGUGAACUGACAUUAAGAUAG